AUGGCUGCAUUCGCAGCAAAGGUUUUAUCAGAGAUGGGGUGGGAGCAGCACUACGCACUCCCAGUACUCAACAAUGAAAACAAGGCUUUAAUAGACGAGAUAUGUGAUAUAAAGAGGGAGCUCUUGAAACUGAAAAACAAACGCGAGACUAACCGAGAAAAAUCGCAAUUAGGAGUCGAUUGCCUGAAAAAUGCAAAAAAGGAGCUGGAACUCACAGAGGCUCUGUGCAGAGCCAAAGACAGAGAAGAAGAUUUGGAGAAACACCUUACCGCCAUUGCCGAAAGAGAAAAGGGCCGUCUGGGGCAAGAAAAUACUAAGAUGGAAAAUGAUCUUCAAUAUUUGGCUGAAAAGACAAAAACUCUUGAGAAACACAUCUUAAAGGCUAAACAGAAGCUGGAGCAAUUUCGGUUGCAAAUGAACUGGGACCAGCGGGCCAUGAGUUCUUUUUUGGAGGAGUCGACCAUAAAAGAUGAUGACAUGAUGGCCAUUAUGAAGUACUCACAUCAGGAUGAGCAGAGGAUCAAGUCACUUACUUUGGCCAUUGAGAGGACAACAGUGGAGGGGAAUAAAAAGCGCAAAGCACUCGACAAGGAAAUGACAGAAACCUUAGCCGUACAGAUCGCUUUAGACAAAACGACUGAGAAUUUGCAGCAGGCUCACGUGGAAACUGAGCAGAUCAUCCACCAAUGGGAAAACACCAUCCAACAGAUGAAGCAAAGAGAUGCAUAUAUGCACCAGUGUGCUCUGAAACUUGCAGAGACCAACCAGAUCAUCAGAGAAAGGAAUGGCACUUUGACGGAAAUGAGGCACUUGCAGGACUCCCAGUUCAACGACAACAAGGACAAAGAGAAGAAGUUGACCGCAGCCAAUCAACGAGCUGCAAAACUGCGACUGACCUUCAAGGAGCAGGAGAGGAAUUACGUUGAGAUGCAGGAUGAGCGGAAAAGUUGCAAAGCUUUACUGGAUAGAACAACCUCCAGCGUGCACUCGAUGAGGUCCCACAUACGCAGGCUCAAGGAAGACAUCCGGAACAACAACGACAAACUGAUUAAGACCUGGGCCCAAAAUGCUGCCCUCGAGGAGAAGCUGAUAUCGGAAGCUGAAAACGCCAUGAGUGAGAAAGAGAGAGCUGGCCAGAUGGAAAAUUUCCUCAAGGAAGAGGAACAGGCCAUCAAGGAGCUGGAAGUUCAGCUACGUGAGCGUGGCAAGGAGCUUGUCCGCUGCAAACAGCAUGGGGAGGACUUUAGGGAAAAGGAAAAGAAUUAUAUGGCACAUAUAUUACGGAGCAGAUGCACCAUCAACACGUUGGAAACCCAGCUCAGCAAACAGGAGGACUACUUAGUCAAACAGAUGAUGAUCAUGAAUGAAAAGGACUCCCAGUUAAUCAUUUUAGAUAAAAAACUAGCACGACUGCAAGGUGUUGUCGGUGAUUCCGACGAAAAGAUAGGGAUGGAAUUAAAGAUCACGGAGCUGCUCACAUUCCUCGAAGAGAGGAAGAAGACGUCCAGUAAGAUCCUCAUCAAAAUCAAGGAGUCUGAGGAGGACAUUCGCUAUUUGAGGAAAGAGAGGGAGGACUCCGCUGAUCAGAAGGAAGAGCUGUACAACAAAGUAGCAGAAGUCAAGCUGAUCAAUAAUAAUAUCGAGAGAGAGCUGAAGAAACUCGCGCUGAAGAAACAGGAACACAUCGUGGAGCAGAACAUCUCCAAACUGGAGGUGAGGCGUAAGCGGGAUCUGCUGUUCAAUAAAGCCAACAGCAUGGUGUCCUUGGAGAAAAGACAACUGAAUGUCAAGAAAGCCAUCCAGGAGAGGCAAGAGGAGAUCAGAGUCUACAGUCAAAUGCUCAGUCAGCAAUUGAGGACCACGGAGCAGGAGAGACAGAAAAUCAGUAUGGAAUUGAAUGGAAAGUUGUCUAAGAUUGACGCCUCGAAGAAACAUUACGAGGUUGUGACCUUUACCAUGGCAGCCCAAGAGGAUGACGAGGAUGCGGUGAAGUCUCAAGCUCACUACAUCGCACAGGCUGCGCUGGAGAAAGCGGAACUCAAGCAGCAAGGGGAGUGUCUGGAUAACAAAAUCCGCAAAGCCGAACAGGAAAAUAAAGCUCUGGAGAACACGACUCUAUUAUUCCAUUUCAGUAAUACUGGAUUUCAUACAACAGUCGUCAAAGCGAAAGAAGCCACUCCAGAAUAUCAGGAAAAGUUUGAGCUUGAAGAACAGCUUCAGGUAGCCAAGGAGACGUUGGAGUCCAAGAGGCAACUCGUUCAAAAGCUUCGUGAGGAGCUACAGGAAAUUAACAGUGCCUUGAAGAAUCGACUACAAGCCAAACAGGAUCUGGAGAAAGAAGUCAGGCAGCAAAUGGAAUUUAACGAUUCUAUCAAUGAGAUGCUCAUCACCGCCACCAAGUUCAAACCUCACCUCAAAUCGGCACUGCAGCAACACUUUCAGCAGGCCAAUCUACUUUUUCCAUCUCUUGCCACCCCUGGCAUAAGUCGAGGGUCCAACCUGGUCAGCAGCUCUCUCUCAGUCAGGUGUGCUGCAUUCUCAGCCAGUAGCCGCAAGCCUUCUGAUGAUCCGGACACAACUGUGAAGACUAUAAUGUUGAGUGUUGCCAUGGCAGUUUUCCCAGAGAUGGGCUGGGAGGAGUGUUACGCUGUUCCUGGGCCCAAUACUGAAAACAAGGCUUUAAUAGAAGAGAUUAUCAAGAAAAGGAAAGAACUCUGGCUAUUGAGAAGCAAGCGAGAGAGUCACAAAGAUCAAACGCAACUGGCAACGGAAUUCUUGAAACAUGUUAAAGCAGAGCUGGAAAAUAUGGAGGCUCUGUGCCAGGCCAAAGACAGAGAAGCUGAAGUGGAGAUACACCUCACUGCCAUCGCACAGAGAGAAAUUGGCCAUCUGACGCAGGAGAACACUCAGAUGGAAAACGAGCUUCGAUCUUUGGCUGAGAGGAAAAACAUGCUGGAGAGUCACAUAUUCAAGGUGAAACAAAAGCUGGAGCACUUUCGCAUCCGAAUGGACUGGGACCAGCAGGCCAUGGAUUCUUUUUUGGAUGAGUCGACACGAAAAGAUGACGACGUGAUGGCCAUCAUCAAGUACGCGCAGCAGGAUGAGCAGAGGAUCAAGUCACUCACUUUGGCCAUUGAGAGGACAACGCUGGAGGCCAAUAAAAAGCGCAAAGGACUUGACAUGGAAAUGACAGAGAAUUUAUCUGCACAGAUUGCUUUAGACAAGAUGACAGAGAAUUUGCAGCAGGCUCACCAAGAAACUGAGCAGAUCAUCCACCAGUGGGAAAACACCAUCCAACAGAUGAAGCAAAGAGAUGCUGAUAUACAACAGUGGGCUCUGAAACUUGCAGAGACCAACCAAAUCAUCAGGGAAAGGAAUGGCUCCUUGACAGAAAUGAAGCACCUGCACGACUCGCAGAUGAAUGACAACAAGCAAAAAGAGGGGAAAUUGGCCACAGCCAAUCGUGAGGCUGCAAAACUACGGCAGGAACUGAAGGAGCAUGAGAAGAAUUAUAUGGAAAUGCAGGAUGAGCUAAAAAGUUUUAAAACCUCACUGGAUAGAACAACCUCCACUGUGGAGUUGAUGAAGUCCCACAUCUCCAGGCUCAAGGAAGAAAUCGAGAAAAACAAUGUCAAAAUGAAGCAAACCUCGGCCCAAAAUGCUGCCCUUGAGGAGAAGCAGAAAGCUGUGACGCAGAAUGCCCUGAGUGAGAAGGAGAAAGCUGCCCAAAUGGAACAGUUCCUCACAGAUGAGGAGCAGGCCAUAAAGGAGCUGGAUGUCCAACUGCGUGACUGCAGGGAGGACCUCUUCCGUUGUAAACAGCAUGUUGACAACCUCAAGAGAAUGGAGAAGGACUCUUUGGCCCAAGAGUUGUGGAGCAAAUCUACCAUCACUAGUCUGGAACGUGAGCUCAGGAAACAGGAGAAGCAUUUGAUAAGACAGCAGAUGAUCAUGAGUGAAAAAGACUUCCAAAUUAUCCUUUUGGAGAAAAAGCUUGCACGACUGAAAGGUGUUGAUGACUCAGAUGAAAAGCAAGUGUUAGAAAUGAAGAUCAGCGAACUGAGCAAAGCCCUGGAUGAGAGGAUGAAGACGUCCAGCAAGAUUAUUAACGGAAUCAAAGAGUCUGAGAGUGAUAUGCGCUAUUUGAGGAAAGAGAAUGAGAGGUCAGUAGCUGAGAAGGAAGAGCUAUACAACAAAGUUGAAGAGUUGAAGCUAAUCAAUAGUAAUACUGAAAAAGAGCUGAAGAAACUUGGCCUCCGUAAACAGGAACAGAUGGUGGAGCAGAAUAUCUCCAAGCUGGAGGUGAAGCGUAAAAGGGAUCUUCUGUUCAACAAAGCCAACAGCGUAGUGUCCUUGGAGAAAAGGCAACUGAACGUGAAGAAAGCCAUUCAGGAGAGGCAAGAGGAGAUCAGAGUCUACAGUCAAAUGCUCAGCCAGGAACUGAAGACUACAGAGCAGGAGAGACAGAGAAUCAGUGCUGAACUGAAUGGAAGGUUUUCCAAGAUUGACGUCAUGAAGAAACAUUUCGAAGUUGUGACCUUUACAAUGGUGGUCACUGGAGGGGAUGAGGAGGAUGCAGUAAAGUGUCAAGCACAAUACAUCGCCAAGGCAGCGCUAGAGAGAGCAGAACUCGUGCAGCAGGGAGAGUGUCUAACUGCCAAAAUACGCAAGGCUGAGCAGGAAAAUAAAGCUCUGGAGAACACAACUCUGUUAUUCAAUAUCAGCAAUUCUGGAUUCCACACAUCAGUCAACAAAGCAAAAGAAUCCAGUCCAGAAUACCAGGAAAAACUCGAGAUGGAAAAGCAGGUGUGUUUGAUUGAAGACACACUUAAAUACAAGAGAAGACAAGUCAGAGAGCUUCAGCAAGAUCAACAGGAACUGAACAAUGUCUUAGAGAGUGUUCUCCAGGCCAAACAGGUUGAAAACCAAAAGAUCGAAUACAUGCAGUCCCUCAUCAGCAAACUGAAUCGGGAGGUUGCUUCCCAGCAGGAAAAAAUAAACAGAGCCAAAAAACAGUGCUCCAAACUAACCCAAAAGAUCCGUUCCUCAAGAAACACCAAGGCAGAGACUUUCGAGGAGAAGGACAUCAGGCUGAGACAGUUAAAGGACUUCAACAAGAGUAUCAACAAGAUGCUCAAUGAUGCCACAAAGGACAGGGCUGACCUCAGAUCAGUGUUGGAGAGAUACUUACUCCAGACCAACUUGUCUUUUCCGUCUCCUCCCUCCACUCCCGGCAGCCACCGAAGCUCCAAGACCAACUCGGCCCGUAUCUCUACCUCGUCCAGGUCUUCAGCUUCCUCAACCAGCAGACGGGGAACCUCUGCACCUCAGUCCCCUCUACUGAAGACUGUGACCCUGAGUCUGGAUCUAGCUGUUCCCUCUCUUCCUCCUUCAGCCAGCAGAGGCUCCAGCUCAGCCAGCAGUCGCUUAAAGAGUCCAUAGCAUAAUACUAUUAUUACAAAAUGUUUCACCAAUGCAGCGGAGUUCAUUCUAGGAAUAAUUACAGCACCCCCACUAAUGAGAUUAUGUUGUCCUUGCUGUUUGUUUCUUGUUUGUGUUUUUAUGUCAGCAGGCCUAUGUAAAAAUAUUUAAACCUGUUUCCCCAAAAAUUUAUGGAGGGAUGGGGACUGCAGAGGCAAGGAAGAACACGUUAAAUUUAAGACUCUUGUUAACAUUUCUUUAACAUCUGAGAUAUAUGACUAUCUUAUGCAAAAUAUAGUUGAUAAAAAAAAGUCGACAUACACAUGCCAGGUUUUUGUCGAAUAACAGAAUGAGACCAAGAUAAAUCAUACAUCAGAGUCACAUUAAUGGUUGGAAAAGUUUUGAAAUGAUUUAUUGUGGGCUACAUUUUUAAACCAUAUACACCUGACAUAUGAACCGGGGUGUGUAGACUUUUUAUAGCCACUGCAAAGUUUCCUAUUUCUGGGCAUAACUACAGAAAGAACCGGGGUUCAAUCCCCAGCCCCGCCUGUGUGGAGUUUGCAUGUUCUCCCCGUGCCUGCGAGGGUUUUCUCCGGGCGCUCCGGUUUCCUCCCACAUCCCAAAAACAUGCAUGUGAGGUUAAUUGACAACUCUAAAUUGCCCGUAGGUGUGAAUGUGAGUGCGGAUGGUUGUUUGUUUGUAUGUGCCAUGCGAUUGGCUGGCAACCAGUUCAGGGUGUACCCCGCCUCCUGCCCGAUGACAGCUGGGAUGGGCUCCAGCACGCCCGCGACCCCAGUGAGGAGAAGCGGCUCAGAAAAUGGAUGGAUGGAUGCAACGACAGAAAGAAAACGGUUGCCCCUUAAUUUGGCCCAUAACAUUUCUGUUUUGACCCCUUAUUUCCCCGACUCUUGAGAUUUAUGACAUUUAUUACAGUUCUGUGCUUCCAACUUCGAGGGCACAGCUUCGUGAUGGCCUUCUCCUUUUUCAUCAAAUAAUGGUUGGAUGAGUGUUGGUUUGAGAGAACUACAACUACCUCAAGAACCAUCCAACACCUUUUAGAUGAACUACAACAAGAACAAAAGGACAAAACAUCCCUCGGACACACUCCAUUAUCAUGUACAAAGUCUUAUCACUUUCUACUUGAGAAUUCAUUAUCAGCAGUUUCCAUGCAACAUGGCAGGAAUGUGCGUCUAAAGCGUGACCCUGAACCAUCAAAGCGCCAGCACCUCACAGAGAUAGGUGGUGAAGUAAAGGGAUUCAAACCUGCUCAAACAGCGUUUGUCACAGCUACUUUCUCACACGUUUCUCGCACAAGAAAACAAAUCCAUUUUGGGCGCGUUUACAUGGUGAAUUGAAGCUUUUGAGGCCCACAGAGGGCCUCAAAGGAGUCACCAUAGAAUUGACAUUAUCAAGAGACCUGUCAUAUUUGUUGCAUUAAUUUAGCUGUUUUUCAAAAUGUUAUAUUAAUUUAUCUCAGUAAAUAAUUUAUUGUAUAGCAAACAAAAAAUGUUAACUAUUUUACUUAUUCUUUUUCUAAAAUAACUUCAUUAUGAAGAAAGAGACAUAUAAAUAUACGUAAAUUAAAUAAAAAAUGAGCAUAGAUUAUUAUAUUAUUAAAAUAAGUGGUUUUAUUUGUUGCA